AUGUACCGAGCAGCAACCCACCGGUUGCUGCUUGGGAUGCAGGGUCAUGGAGCAUGCACAAGCAUUCUCUCUCUCUCUCUCUCUCUCUCUCUCUCUCUCUCUCUCUUUCACUCUCUCUCUCUCUCUCUCAAGCAUCUCUCAAGCAUCUCUCUCUCUCUCUCUCUCAAGCAUCUCUCUCUCUCUCUCAAGCAUCUCUCUCUCAAGCAUCUCUCUCUCUCUCUCUCUCUCUCUCUCUCAAGCAUCUCUCUCUCUCAAGCAUCUCUCUCUCUCUCUCUCUCUCUCAAGCAUCUCUCUCUCUCAAGCAUCUCUCUCUCUCAAGCAUCUCUCUCUCUCUCAAGCAUCUCUCUCUCUCAAGCAUCUCUCAAACAAACAAACAAACAAACUCUCUCUCUCUAA